AUGUUCAUGCAGCUGGAUAUGGAUCUACUUAUAGCGAUUCGAACUGCCCCAAAUCAUAGUUGGAUCAAUCCCGCAGAACGUUGCAUGUCCAUUAUCAAUCUGGCACUUCAACACGUAGCACUGAGUAGAAAAGAAAUGGAUAAAAAAUUUGAAGAUAAAAUCAAGAAUAAGUCUUCCCUCAAUGCUGUUCGAAACCUAGCUACCAGUUGUUUGGGCUUAAAGGAGGCAUUUUCAGAAAGUAUUAGCGAGGUACUAGAAACAGUGAAUGCUCGCUUUGGACGAAUGAAACUGAAAGAAGUUCCUUUCAUUGUGUACCCUGGUGUUCCAGGAAGUGAAAUUGAUGACCAUCUCGACAAUGUUAGAGAAUUUACCCAUGCUGAUCCUACCAAAGUUAAUCCAGCUGCUUCCAGUAAAGAUCUCAGUGAGAGUGGUCAGCUACUGGACUUCCUGAGGCGUCAUAGUAUAAGCUGUCAUUACAGCUUUCAGAUAGGGAAGUGCUUUGACGAUCACUGUCCGUGCUGCCGAUUUCAGCCACCACGGCUCUUGGAACCCAUUCCAUUUCAUCCUUGCCCAGUUCCGUUGCAUGGAAAAGAUGUUGAUGACUCCCAUCGACCCUCUGCAAAGAACACUUCAGCUUUCUGCGAUGCUGCUGUUGAAGCUGAUCGAAGGAAUCGAGACGUUUUGAAAGCAGGGAAAGCCAGAGACACUCUCCACUGCAAUGACUGCGGCCGUCCACGAGGUGUAUAUCUGAGGCAAAUCCGGGAAGAAGGCGACUUUGUUUGUAGUGAGAGUUUGUCUGAAGAAAGUGGAUUGGUAACCAGACAAAGUAUUAACUGCACUUCUGAAUUGGAGAUUACCUACUAUUCAGCACCACUGAGGGCCAUAGCACCACCCUGCUGUGUUUAUUGUGGAGCACAGGAAGGCUUUCUCGAUGAGUACAUAGAAAGACUGCUGGCAGAAUUUCCAGUAGUAAGACCACUAUGUCUUAGCUGCCGAUAUAAAGGUUUGGACGCCAAAACAUGGGGGGAAAGUUGUUCAAGAAGCCAAAGACAUCAACCCAUCAGGAUGUGUAUGUUUAAGCUAUGA